AUGGAAUUGACUGUCCUUGGCUUUCUGGCACCUACACUGGUCACCUAUCUCUGCUGGUGGCAUAAGCCACGAGACGUCAUGACCGCUCAAACAAUAUACGUCGAUACGUCAGUGGAAGAUGUUUUUAGUCGCGCUGGAUUACCUGUCUCGACAGAAUGGUACAAGAGUCCUUUGGAUUUCAUUGAGAGAUCAGAACACCACGGAUCGAUACUCUUCAGGUAUUGGAUCAACAUCCUGGCCCGUGUCAAACGUCCAAUUGGCAAUGAGAAUAUCAAGUACAUCAGUGUCGAGCAAAGGCGUAGUGAUAAUGAUAUUCAAAAUAUGGAGACGAAAUGGGGUUUUCUCGAAGUCAUCCCAACAAUUCCUUACCUGGCAAUCAACUUUGCGGCUUGGAAUUCACACUUGCCUACCAAUGCAGAGCUUUGGAUGUGGCGAGCGGCUUCAAUAGCAAUGGCAGCAACGUUCAUGAUGGGAGCUCUGAUAGAAGGCGCGAUGUUAUAUUUACUGCCUCACCAGCAUGAAAGGGACCUUCUACAAAGAUAUCGAGACGAAGUGAGCCAACCUCCGACCCAUCGCGGCGACCAACGCAAUGAAUAUACAACAUUCACGAUCCGAGUCAGGAAACUCGUGCAAAGAUUGCGAAACAAUUCAGCUGUGGACGAUCCGAAUCUUGAUGUACCUCUACGAUUACUCAUUCCGGCCACGCUCUUUGCGGCCAUCUAUUUGAUCAGCCGCCUGUACGUCUUGAUUGAAGAUGUUAUCUCGUUCCGAUCGAUGCCAGGAUCUGUGUAUGCGGCAGUGCAAUGGUCGGACUACUUCCCCCAUAUCAGUUGA